UCCUCAGACCUUUAUUUUCCUCAAAUUUUUUUUUUCAAGUUCUGAUAUCCGACAAUUAGGGGUUUAAGUAAUUUUAAGAUCUGAAUCUCCUUUUCGAAUUCUCUCCAUUUCCGCGCGACUUCUGUCCAUUUCGAAUCCGAUUCUCCUCGGAUCGAGCUGAAAUUCUGCACGAUUUAAACUAUUCCGACCCGAAUCCACGAAUUCGACCGUUUGGGCAAUCCGGAUCUCCCAACUCUCUCAGAAACCGUCUCCAUUGAUCAAGGGCCUUUUCUUUCCAACUCAAUUUAGGCUGGCUGCAUCUCUUUAUUCUGCAUUGAAAUGCCUCAACAUGGUUAUUUCUAUAGUUUUAUGUCAUCAAUUGGUGGUGGGCAUGCUGGUAUGAUGUGUCAUUUCCAUUGCAAGCUUGGAACAUAUAAGUGUUAAUGGCCCUUACAUGACUCACCCCCUGUGACUAUACGCCAAGACAUUUGGAUGGACAUUAUGCUCUGAGGAAAUGCCACCAAAGGUUUCUCGAGGAUUCUCCUUUUUCGGAGGUGGGGGAUCUUCUUCCUAUGACAACAGGAAGGAUGAUCAAUCAGCUGGUAUUCUCAAACAGGAGCUUGCUCCUUCUUUGAAACUUCAAUUGGAUAAAGAAGUCUACAGACCUGGAGAUUCGGUUAUUGCAACUAUUGAGAUUUGGAAUCCAAAUAAUGCAAAUGAGUUAUCUGAAAUGGAACAUGCAGUCAAUGAUGACUAUUCGCUUCUUAUUGAAAACCUCAAGUACGAAAUUAAAGGAAUUGAGAAGUUGGACCCUCAGUGGUUUGCCACACAGAAACCAUUACCUGGAUCGAAGCAAAGGAGAGGUGAGCAGGUGUUUUUGGACUGUACAACACCAUCCAUUGUUUCAAAAGUGAUAAUUUCAUCUGGGUAUGCUAAAACAUAUGUAGUGCGAGCAGAGCUGCCGAAGAUUAUACCACCAUCGUACCGAGGAUCUGCCAUUCGUUAUCUGUACUAUGUGAGAAGUACUUUAAGUGGACGUUGGCUGGUAUUGGAGAAUGGCCAUUCUAAUAGAGGGUCCGCAAAGGAUCUAAUUCAACUGGAUGCUCGUGCUCCACUGCAGAUAUGGGUCACUCAGAAAACUAGUGGCUUGCUAACCGAAGAAGGUCAAAUCAAUGGGAUUUUACCUGUUGCAACUGUUCAAAUGGAUAUAUAUUGGAAAGAGAAGGAUGGAGACUCCGAAUGGCAGGCUAGAGCCAAUGAAAUAUCUGAUGCAGUUGAAGAAGGCUAUGAGAGUUCAAGGGACGAGAUCUCAUCUGUUUCUUCCUAUAAUCCAACAAAAGGAAAUAUUGACAUGGCUUUUCGAAAUUCUUUAUCCUUGCAAUCUCCUGCACCAAGGCUUUCAAGUGCAGAAGCUCCAUAUAUCCUUCGAGAACGCUCCAACUUCCCUUCAUGGAUGACACCACCUCAACUCUCUGUGGCAGAGGUCUCAUAUGAUACAAGUGGGGAUGAGUUGUCCUCCUAUAUGAAGCCUUCUCAUUCAUCCGGCAUUCUCUCUCCAAGCCAGAAGGGAAAACAUUCAAAUUCCCAUUUCACUAAUGAUGAUAUGGGAAUGCCCUCUACGCCAGGAACUGUUGAGCCUGUAGCAUCAGAAGGCUUCAUUCGAGGAAGGUCUUACAAUAUCAGGAUGGAUGACCAAGUUCUACUACGAUUUUCCCCAAAAAACUCUGACUCAACUUAUUAUUUUGGUGACAUGAUUGGUGGCACUCUCACCUUUUUUCAUGAAGAGGGAGCUAGGAGAUGCCUUGAGAUCUCAAUAACAUUGGAGACUUCAGAAACAAUCAGCCAGCAUUCUGUCCAUCCUUCACGAAGGAAUUCCACUACAAUUACAAAGGUUCAGAGCGACCACUAUGAAAUUGUUGCAGAUUUGGUGCAGACAAGCUUCCUUUUCUCUAUCCCUGUUGAUGGACCCAUGUCAUUUUCCACAUUCCAUGUUUCCGUACAGUGGGCACUCCGGUUCGAAUUCCUUACUACUCCCAAAAAUGUGGAUUUGAGAAGGUUUGAGCAUCCUCUCCUUAUAGAGGGAAGAGAUAAGAGUGAGUGGGUUCUUCCAAUAACUGUGCAUGCACCUCCACCACGGACUCAGUCUGCUCAAGCAAGAAAUGAGAAGCCUUCUUCUCUUGGAGCGCUGUGGGUCCGUUCUUGAAGUUCACAAUUAUUGGAAUCUGUUUAAGCUACCGAUUUGUUGCAUCAACUUUCCUAGCUGGAAAUAGCCGAUUGGAAUGGUUGGGAUAUUGCCAAACGGAAACACUGAUGAGGAUAUUCUUCAAGUGUGGUGCAUAUAGUGACAUGUGUGAGGUCCUUCAGCAUGUCAUGCAGCAGCCAUGUGGCAUUUACGCACCAAGUUUGUUGAAGACUUUCUUCAUUUCAUAGUUAUUUUUAGUAUGUUCUUCUGGUUUUGGAAGAAUUGAAAUUGCAUUUAGCAUAAAAGAAAUGAAGAGCCUUUGGGUGGUGAGCACCAAGUACUAGAAUUUUGCCACAUGAGUUUUGUUUUGGAAAAAAAACCCAAAUACCAGCAUUUACACAGAUGAUGUGUUUUUUCAAUUUACUGUUGUAAAGGUCCUGUAGGGUGUCCUGAUGUUGAUGCAAAUUCUAUAAGCAGGGCUGCGAAUUUGCAAUCUAAUAAUUGGUGGUGGGGGCAUUUCAGAAAUCAAAGGUAUGCUUACAUGCUGUUGGCUGGGGCUGUUGUCAAUCCUGGGAGUUUUCAGUCUGGAAUUAAGCAAGCACAAUAUGUCCUGAAUAUAAAAUAUAUGAAGGUGGGCCCUGCCAUGAAUAGUGUGCAUGAAAAUGUCACAUGUGUAAGAUAGAAACUACACCGAUAGCCCACUAUGGAGAUUGCUUCGUGCAACAAAACGAAUGCAAGUUUUUACUAUUGAUAUCCACUAUUACUAUUGCUAGAUUUGAUCGUA